GUCCACUACUUAACCAGACAGACAAUUAAGAAACGACUGCAUAUACCCCAUCAUUGUUUGCAAUUGAAAUUGCAACAACGGGGUCAGCAGUUUCAGGUACUUUUAAAUCUAAAUUGUCUAUUUAGAAGUACAGUUGCAUGAUACUCUGAACAAGUUCUACACUAUGUCUCAAGAAAAGACUCCUAGUAAAGCAGAGGAAGCAGGCUAUGAUAAAAAGCCAAUUGAGGAUGCCCCUCCCCCCGCAUAUGAUGAACUAGACCAUAACUACUCUAGACCCCCCGAGGCACCACCGCAACUACCACAGCAACCUAAUCAGGUUUAUCAACAGAGUUUCCAACAGGGUUAUCAACAGGGUUAUCAGCAAUAUCAACAAUAUCAACAAUUGCCUCCAACUUCAGGCUCAUCGUAUGCUCCACCUCCUCAAGGAUACCAGCAACAAGGGUAUGCUCAGCCACCACCGCCCCAAGGUUACGAUCCCAUGCAAGACCCUAAUGUAGUAGUAGUAGGUUCUGAUCUUGUAAAUAUAACACAAGCAAGACCUCAGUACUUAAAUCCAUCAUACCAACAAUAUCUUGCCCGAGAUCAACAACGGAUUCAACAGGGAGAUAUCCCUAAUCCUAAGGGGAAAUUAAAUACAGGUACUCAGAAUCCUACUCGGAAAGAUGGUAGUGGAUUCUUUCCUGGUAGAAGUGGAGUUACAUAUAAUAAUGCUGCUAAUAAAUAAUGAGAGAGUCAAAGAGAAUAAUAUAAUAAAGUAAUAAAGUAAUAAAGUAAAAUAAGUAU